CCUCUGUAAGCUGAUUACAUUGUUUUCGCCCAACAACCUUGAACAACCCCAACUUUGAUUAUCCAUUGAGCUGUCAAACUCAAAGGCCUCCGACACAUCCUAUUUCCGCUACUUGAAAGAUCGUGCGGAUCCUCAAAAUCGACCAAAAUGGCACAAAAAACUACCCUCAAGGAGUUUGAAGCUGUCUUCCCCAAACUGGUAGAGGAUCUCCUGGACCACGCCAAACAGUACAAGCUACCUGAUCAAUUUGUGAACUGGUACAAAGCCGUAAGUGUAACACCAUUGAUAUGAAGCUAAACAUCUUACAAAUAUCCAGUCUCUCAAUGCCAACACCAUUGGUGGAAAAUGCAAUCGAGGCAUGUCAGUACCCGACUCGGUUUCCCUCCUCCUCGUAGCACCCCUCACCGAAGAACAAUACUUCCAAGCCGCCACACUAGGAUGGAUGACGGAGCUUCUGCAAGCAUUCUUCCUCGUUUCCGAUGAUAUUAUGGACAGCAGCGUCACUCGCCGUGGAGCACCCUGCUGGUACAGACAACCUGAAGUUGGUAUGAUUGCUAUCAACGAUGCAUUCAUGCUCGAAGCCGCCAUAUACACGCUAUUAAAGAAGUACUUCCGCACACACCCCGCUUACGUCGAGCUUCUGGAAUUAUUCCACGAGACUACUUUCCAAACCGAACUCGGCCAAUUGUGCGACCUCAUCACCGCUCCAGAGGAAAAGGUUGACCUGGACAACUUCUCCAUGACCAAAUACCAAUUCAUCGUCAUUUACAAGACCGCAUACUACUCUUUCUACCUCCCCGUUGCUCUCGCUCUCUACCACCAAAAUAUCGCAACCCCCAAGAACCUCAAGCAAGCUGAAGAUAUCCUCAUUCCUCUGGGUGAAUACUUCCAGAUCCAGGACGACUACCUUGACAACUUUGGUCUACCAGAACACAUUGGAAAGAUUGGAACAGAUAUUCUUGACAAUAAGUGUUCAUGGUUGGUCAACCAAGCCUUGGCCAUCGCAACCCCUGAGCAGCGAAAGAUCCUCGAUGAGAACUAUGGACGUAAAGACAAAGCCAAGGAGGCCGUUGUAAAGAAAUUAUACGACGAGCUUAAGUUGGAGCAAAUCUACAAGGAUUACGAGGAAAAGCGUGUUGGAGAGAUUCGAAAAAUGAUCGACAACAUCGAUGAAUCCGAGGGACUGAAGAAGACAGUCUUUGAGGGAUUCUUGGCCAAGAUCUACAAGCGAAGCAAGUAGAAAUUCAACCGUUCAUUUUUGAUCAUCAUAUUGAAGCAUUGAGGGAGUUUCAAUUGCCUAACAUACCAAUAUAAAGUAUACCAGCUUGCGUUCUCAUAGAUUUCUGCCUUUUAGAUAGGUAGUUUAUCUGAUUUAAUAUACCCAUUUUUGCUGCAGC